AUGGCCAGCUCGACGGCCACCAUCGCGACGGCCACGUCGAUCGCCAAUUGCCGAAUAGGCGCCGAGUCGGCGUGUGAGACGACCGAGUCAAGAGUGACCGGCAGCUCCAUGAGCCCGGCUCUGACCUGCCCACCCAGCCCACCGGCCGUCCAGCGGCCGAGAGGCCCCGGCCUCCACAAGGACGCAGCCGGCUCCGGCCUGUGGUCCGGUGAAGGUGGGAUCCCGGUCGCCUGGCAGAGGCGGCAGCAACAGCCGGCCGUGCAGAGCGCCGGCAAGGCCAGUCAUCAUCCUGUUGCCGGCCCGAUGGCCGAGAUGCUCGACGAGGAGGACAAAGAGAACUGUCCGCCAAGGACGACCGCUUUCCUCGGACACCAAACACCAACAACUGGUGAGAUGGCUCCGGUCAGGGAGGGGGACAAGGCGCAUUUCGGACUGGGAGACGGAAAACGGACCGCGGAGUCGGAGACUGAGGCGGCCACGCCUGGCCUGCUUCCGGUUGGGGCUCAGGACGUGGGCCACACGGUUCAACAGUUGCCCGGCCACGGACAGCCUUUUGGAUAUGGAUUCUACUUUGCUAACAUUGGUGGAUUUCGGUACCAGGUUCGCCGGCCCGUUGAGUCAUGGAAAUACUCCGAGCUUAUUUUGCCACUUGUGCGCAUGCUCACUGUCCUCGUUCCGAGUCCCAAAAGAAUGAGCACUGUCAUGUCCAUACUACUUUCCACGCCUACAUUGCAGAAAAGGAGUAGUAUCGCAGAAAUAAAAGUUCCGUUCAGUCUAGGCAGUAAAUAA